AUGUUUUCUUUAAAGGACCGUGCAUCUUGGACAGGAGCUCAGGCCAGGAGUCAGUUCCGACAAAACGUCUUCCCCGAAGCCCAUACAAAUGGCAUGUCCAAUGGUUUUACACAAACUAGCGUUCACAUAAUUCCGUCGAGCCAGGCAAAACACUUCGCAGAAUUUUGCCGAAUGAACCACGUCCCUUGCCCCUUACUUUAUAGAAGCAACACGGGAGAAGUGUCAGCUCCACCCUUGGCAGCAAAUGUGGACAUUCGGUAAUUUGUGAGAUGGCUAGAUUUUUAUUUUAGACUCGACCAUUUUUUAGAAAAAAAUCUACCUUUGAAAUGAGAUUUUGAAGGUAAAAUGAAAAAGAGAAAAUCCACGAAGACCGAAAAUCUCGGCGGCGUUGAUAUUUUUGUUUGUAACACGAAGUUUAUUUUUACAUAUUGCAUCGGACCCUCUUGGUAUGAGGUUAUGAAAACAGAACUCGUAAAAACGUCGAACCGUGGAGAGCGUAGAGUAUUGGAGAAUGUAGGAGAAAAAGAGAAAGUCACAGUUAGUUGUCGCUUUGUGCUUUAAAGUGAGGGUUUUCAUUUGAUGACGAAACAAGCGUGUGCUAAGUUUUCUUUCAAAAUUUCUUUUUUUUCUUAUCCAGUUUAAAACAAGAGUUCAUUUGCUCUUGGAAAUCUAUCGCAUUUUCUUAGCUUUGCAUUUAUUUCUCAGAAUUUUCUCAAAUAAAUAAAAUGUUCUCCAAUUAACUUUAUCUCUAUUUUUUCGAUUAUAUUUUGAUAGGACGGAUCAGUCAGCAUAUGGUAUUUAUGAAAAUGGGGUCUGUUCCAAAACCGUAACAGACUUACUAGAUAUACCCUUCGACGAGUUUGUUACCUUUUACGUUGGCUGCAGUAGCUCCUUCGAGCUCGCGCUACAAGACGCUGACCUUCCAGUUCGACACGUGCAGAUCGGACGCAGUGUGCCUAGUUACAAGACUAAGGUUCCAUGUGUCACCUCAGGUCCUUUCUCUGGAAAAGUAAUCAUGUCGAUGCGCCCAAUGCCUCGAAACUUAGUAGAGAGGGCCGCGCAGGUGACUGCUUUUUUGGACAAAGUACACGGAGCCCCUACGCACAUUGGUGAAGCUUCUUGUAUUGGAGUGGAAGAUCUGCAUAAUCCUGAGUUUGAUGACAAACCAAAUAUAAGGGAAGGAGAUGUAUGCAUGUACUGGGGUUGUGGUACAACUGCCACGAUGGCGAUAAUUAAUGCAAGUAUGUGACGCGAUUCAAAACCUUUCAAACGACUCUUACCAAUGAUUUCGUACGACAAAAUCAGUUAAGGAAUCAUCAUAGAUAGUAGCAAACCACAAGUGACCAGGCUUCCAUGCCCUGUGUGUUUGACAAAAUACAUUUCUCCAAGCGAGGUGCUCUCUCAACGUUCUGAAUAGCAGGAAAUUUGCUCCGGACUAUGGAGUUCAAUGCGUCAAUAAUAUAAGGGUACAAUCUGGUACACGGUCAAUCAGAGAAGAGGAUUAUAAACCGCGUGGUACAUCGAAUCGCUAUCUUGAAUGCCAAUCCGGCCAUAUGGUCAAUUCAAUUGUACCACGGAGUGCAUAAUCCUCUUCUCUAAUUAGCUGUGUAGCUAUUAGCAUAGUGCCCCCCUUGUACUACUUGCGUCGCUUGCGCAAGAGGUUUCAAAACACUCGCGCGUAGUCAUCAUCAUUCCUCCUUCGUUGCACAAGCAGGAUUUCACAUUUUCGUAGCUUGAAGUAAUUGCUCUCCCAUCUCUAUCCGACUAAAUGAAACCGUAAGAUAGGCCGGCAUUUUAAUCAAUUGAUUAACGAACACUAUGUUAUUUUGUUUCUCUUCAGAGCUUCCCCUGGCGAUUAGCCUAAGCCCAACUGCGAAUUGUUGUAACUUCAUAAGUGAUCUCAACAAUGACGCGUUCAACAAGAUGAACGUCCCUAGGUGGAUGGAAUUUCUGCAAACAAAAGCCCCGUUCAUAACUGAAAACCCUGUUUUUGGUUCCCUUGUGUCCGACAAAGCACUGGAGCUGAUUCAGCAACUUGAAAAACCGCUUAGACGGGAUCCAAUAAAAUCUCUUUUAAGUUGUGUAGUUGACGAUACAGUUGACUCACUUGCCAAGGCGGCAUUAAGACUGAGCCACGCCUCCUUUGUUGCCAUAGUUACGUCAAAUGACAUUUCUACCAAGGAAGGACUCGGUGUGCUGUCUAUCAUGAAGUCUCUCUUGGCAACUGAUUCUAAAGAAGUCGUUUUGCUUGUCCCGGAGGAUAAGCUCGCCGAAUGGAAAAAUGCCAUAAGCAGUGGCAUCGAUUGUAAACUGUUAAAGAAAACAGUUGAUGUGCGUAAAAUCGAAACAAGAGACGGAAGCUCAAAGGAUGAUGUUUUAAAACUUUCUCGUCAUGUGUUGUCAACUAUGGAGGGCUUUAAACUGGAUGAUGUUCGUCCUCGGCGGUUUACUGCUCUGGUUGCCUGUGAUGGAAAAGGUGAGUACGAUCAAAGUGGGCUGCUAUGGAUUUUUCUUCUGCUGGAGGGCUUCGUAGAAAAAUUUUUGUUUUUUUUCUUAAUCUAGACAAUUCUUAGAAAUUUAUGAACCAGCGGUUUAUUAUAUAGGGGGGUGUUGACUAUAUGUUAGUUACCCCUAGGGAGGUUCGAAUACACACAGAUUAUUGACUCCGUUUCAUUCAACAUUUCUUCCAGGAGGUUUUUGGGUGGAGAGUGCAGUUGAACUGUUGAUGGAAGCUAAUGUGGAAGCUUAUGUGAAUAAUUCGUCAGAUGGUUCCUGGCCUGGUGAAAUAAUCGCAACAGCGCUUUACAUACUGAAUUGCUGUCCUAUCCACUCUCGGUAUCAGCGAAGGGGUUUGGGCCUGCACAAGCCGUUACAGCAGAGCGUAUUUUUGGUAACAUACGAAGAGGUAACAAGUAUCUGGUCUCUUUGUUGUGCUUUAUACCGCUAUAAGUAAAAUUAAACGCACUAUUUGGACUUCCUCAAAACCGUUUCUUUUGAUCAUAUAUAGAUCUGUAAGUUAAUAGAAAAAGGUUGAGAAUUAACUGGCCUGGUCACCCAAGAUGCUCAUAAGCAUAAGUAGAGUGAUAUUCACGUGACUUACGUCAGCGGAUAUUAGUGAUUGGAGGAAACAAACGCAAGAAUCUACCUCGACCCACGCUCCUCACUGACUUACUCUACUGUCUAAACAUGUUCUAAGCAUGGCCCCCUCCCCGUGAGAUAAAUUUUGCUUAGAGAAAACAUUAUACUUUCCAAACAAGAAGGUUACUAAGAAAAAGAUCCCAUUUCCACAGCGUUAAAAAUUAGAAAGCAACGCCAAUUGUCCAUAGCAGGGUUCUCUUUUUCUCGUUUUAACCGCCCAAAAUCCGACUGUGGCCAACUCAUACUAGAUUCCCUAGUACACAACAAUAAUUUAUAUUUCUUUCAUUUCAACAGCUUGCAAACCUGACGUCCAAGCUUGAAUUUUCAUUCGAUACCCAAGUAGUAAAAGAUCUCGUUGAGAAGACAAACGCCUCAGCGUCAAGCGUUUUGGAAUGUCUCGGUGUUAAAGAUUGA